AAAAUGAAUCAUAGAUAAAUAAUAUAUAAAAUGAAUUAGGUUGGGUUGUAUUGUGAUGAAAAUGUUACAAAUUUAAAUAAAAAUGUUGAAUAUUUCAAGUAUUAGUUUGAUUAAACAAACACAUUUUAAGUUAUUCAAAAGACUUUUAUCAAAAGCGCAACUUAAAACUAAUGACUUAAUCCUUCUGAACCAAAAUUACUUGAAAGAUGAGUAUACAAAUAUCACUGAUAAAGUAUCAGGAUAUAUUGGAAGAAAUAUUUACUUACAACCCUCUAAUCCUUUGAAUUUAGUGAGACAAAGAUUAGUGAACUACUUUUAUAAAAAAUAUGUGAACAGAAGAGGAAACCCUAUCUUUUCUAUCCAUGAUAAUUUACCCCCAAUUGUCAAUGUUACCCAAAAUUUUGAUAGUUUACUUAUCCCCAAAGAUCAUCCUUCAAGGAAUAAAAGCGACUGUUAUUAUAUAAACAAGAAGUUCUUACUUCGAGCACACAUGACGGCUCAUCAAAGUGAGCUAAUUCAGUCAGGUUUAAAUAAUUUUUUAAUUAUAGGAGAUGUGUACAGAAGAGAUGAAAUUGAUAGAACCCAUUAUCCGGUUUUUCACCAAGUAGAUGCUGUUAGACUGCGAUCUAGGAAUCAAAUUUUUUCUGAUGAUAAUUUGAAUAUUUUUGAAGAAGGAACCAACACUGCUUUUACAGGCAACCAAGAAAAACAAGCUUGUCAUUCUUUGGAAGCAGUGAAAGUUGUAGAAUUUGAAUUAAAGGAUACCUUAGUUGGCCUUGCCAAAGCACUUUUUAAAGAAAACACCAAGUAUCGAUGGGUAGACACAACUUUUCCAUUUACACAACCGUCUUGGGAGUUAGAGGUCUUUCAUAAUGAUGAAUGGAUUGAGGUUCUAGGGUGUGGUAUUAUGCAACAAGCCAUUUUAAAUAACGCUGGAGUCCACGAUAAAAUCGGUUGGGCCUUUGGUCUAGGGUUAGAAAGGAUUGCGAUGUGUCUAUAUCAAAUCCCAGAUAUUCGUUUGUUCUGGUCUUCCGACUCAGGCUUCCUAAACCAAUUUAAAAACAAAAACGUCAAUGAUGAUAUUAUUUAUACCCCCAUUAGCCAAUAUCCUCAAUGUAAGAAUGAUCUAAGCUUUUGGCUUCCACCAGGGGAGUUUUCUGCGAAUGACUUUUAUGAUUUAGCCCGAAACAUAGGUGGGGAUUUGAUAGAACAGAUUGAAUUGAUUGAUGAAUUUAAACAUCCAAAGACUGGAAAAGUUAGUCAUUGUUAUAGGAUUACAUACAGACACAUGGAGAAGACUUUAACACAGGAAGAAGUUAGUGUCAUACAUAAAAGUAUAGCUGAUGCUGUUAAAGAAUUGGGUGCUACUAUCAGAUAAGGUUUAAAGUGUACAGUGUAAAGUUUUUGUUAAUAAAUUUUUUAUUGUUUUAAUAAAA